GAGCCCGCUGCGGGACCGGGGCCGGUGCAGGGCUGCGGGGCCGUGGGGCUCGGUGGCUGGGGGUGUCCCGGGAGCAGGGGCGGUCGCUGCGGCAAGGGAGAGCCCUGCCCGUGCCCUGGCCGCGUCCUUCAGGAUGCCCCGGGUCACCCGUGGGCGGCACCGGGACUGGCCUGUCACCCGGAGCCGCGGGCUCACGGCGCCCCUGGGCAGCAGGGACAGCGGGGGACGCGGGUGCCAUGCCAUGGGUGGGACGUGCAUCCAUGGGUGCCCACCCACCGUGUCCUCCUGGCAGGCAGAGGAGGUCCAGCAGCAGAUCAUCCGUGACACCUUCCACCUGGUGCUGAAGCGGGAUGACCACAUCUGCAACUUCCUGGAGUGCGGCAGCCUGUUUGGUGGCUCGGACUACAAGCUGAUCUACCGCCACUAUGCCACGCUGUACUUCGUGUUCUGCGUGGACUCCUCGGAGAGCGAGCUGGGCAUCCUGGACCUCAUCCAGGUGUUUGUGGAGACGCUGGACAAGUGCUUUGAGAACGUCUGUGAGCUGGACCUCAUCUUCCACAUGGACAAGGUGCACCACAUCCUGCAGGAGAUGGUGAUCGGCGGGAUGGUGCUGGAGACCAAUAUGAACGAGAUUGUGGCGCAGGUGGAGGCCCAGGGCAAGCUGGAGAAGGCAGAGGGAGGCCUCUCAGCUGCUCCUUCCCGCGCCGUGUCAGCCGUGAAGAACAUCAACCUGCCCGAGAUCCCCCGCAACAUCAACAUCGGGGACAUCAACAUCAAAGUGCCCAACCUGUCACAGUUCAUGUGAGCAGCCCGUGCCGGGGGCUGUCUGCUAAGCAGAGCUGGUGCCCCUGGCCCCUCCUGGGGCUCUGCCCCUGUGGCACAGAGGGGCCGAUAGUGGCCGAGGGCAGGAGCAGUGACAGGGCUCAGAGAAUGGGGCAGGGGCGUCCCUACCGCUGGACCUGGGCUCAGUUCUGCUCCCUGGUGCCCCAGCAAGGAGGGUGCCCUUCCUUCCCCUCCCUCCCUAUGGACAUGCAGCUUCUCCUCGCUGUGGGGAAGAGUUGACUCCUGUCCCUCCUGGGAUUCUUGGGAUUCCAGUGGUGAAAGUGUGCCUGUAGUGCCGGCUCUGCCAGGUUAUCUCCUCUGUCCUCCCAGCCGUGGCUGUCCCCUGCCCUGCUCCUGCUCUCUGUGAUGGGCCCCAGCUGGGUGGGGGUCACUCGUGGGAGCUGCUGUGUGCCCUGUGUGAGGGGGGCAUGCUAGGGCGGGGGUGUGGCAGCAAGAGGGACAGGAGCUGAGUGACCUGGGGGACGGGCAGGUGGUGUCUUGCAGGGUCAGGCCAGGCUGGGGCUGCUGGAGUGUGUCCCUGUCUCCCAAUAAACUGCCCUUGA